CACGCUGGAGAAUGGAGAACAUGGCAGGAAAAUCACACUCAGACCUUCACCUCCACCUCAACUACAACACCGCCUCUGGUUUCAGACACCAGGACUUCUUGGGUUUUCUUUAAUCUUACCUGCCAGAGGUAAGCAGCACAGAAGUCCCAUCAGGAGCUCCAAGCGAGACAUGAUGGCAAAAUCCUGAAAAGGGUUCUUCAGGUAUUCGUCCCCAUGUCUGUUUCGGCGUCAUUAUACGGCGCCUUAAAAGAGGAGCAGAAGACCAAGAAGAAACUGAAAGAUGAGGCUCCCAGGCUCCUCCUCUUGGUGUGUUCAGUGGAAGACGUGAAGGGCUGCAAGGAGCGAGGUUCCGAGGGAUGAGCUCUUCAUUCUUCUUGAGGAUUUUCCAAGUUACAUCAAGUUUUUUGUGAAGCAGCCUCGACUGGUUUUCCUGCUAACAUCAGGGAAGCAAUUUUUCCCCCACGUUCGCAGCCAUGGCAAACGUGUGUCCCUAUGGCCGCUUUACCCAUGCCGUGGUGCGGGGCAUCCCAGAAUCCUUUGGGAAGACUGCGGCGGACGGCCACGAGAAUGGGGCGGUCUCCGUGGACCUGGCCAAAGCCCAACGUCAGUUCGGCUGCCUCACGGGGGCGCUGAGGCAGAAGGUGGGCCUGCAGCUCAUCGAGAUCCCGCCCGACGCCGAGCUGCCGGAGAGCUGGAGGAUAGAGGACGUGGCGGUCAUUCAGGGAGACACAGCGCUCAUCGCCAGGCCCUUCCAGCAGCAGAGACGCAGCGAGGUGAAGGCGGUGAGGAGGGUCAUGUCGGAGCUCAACUUGACCGUGGUUGAGAUGGGGGCCGAGCAGGGUGGCUCCGCGGGGGCCACGCUGGAAGGCAGCGACGUCCUUUUCACCGGGAGGGAGUUUUUCGUCGGCAUCUCGUCCCACACCAACCACGGCGGUGCUGAGGUGCUGGCGGACACCUUCAGGGACUUUGCGGUUUCCACGGUCCCCGUGUGCGGUGGUUCCCGCCUGAAGAACAUUUGCUCCAUGGGGGGUCCAGACACCAUCGUCUUCAGCAGCACUGAGGGGGCUAAGAAGACCCUGAGAGUGAUGGAGCAGCUGACAGAUCACCGCUACGAGGUCCUCUCUGUGCCCGAGGAAUCUGCAGCCAACUGCAUCUACGUCAAAGGCCCGUCCAAGAAGGACUUCCUGCUGCACAGGCCUGUGGAGGAGUGUCCCGACAGCGUCUCUGCCUUCCAGAAGCUGCCAGAUUACAGCCUCCUGCCAACGGCGUGCAGCGAGGCGUCCAAACUCGGAGCGUCUCUGUCCUCGCUGUGCCUCCUCAUCAACAGAAAGCACACCUACUUCUAAAUCCUCAUCCAGCUCCGUUUUCACUCAUCGUUUGACACAAAUGCCGGCCGAUCGUAAAGAUUCAAGCUCGCCACUUUGUUCACAUGACCGCUGUAAAGGAUUUUACCACUAAAACUGCAGUUUAGCAUCACUAUUAGAAAUAAAGGUUGCAGUUAAAUAUUUUGUACUGGAUGCAGAAAACAUCUGCACAGAUUAAAACCACUUGAAAUGUUGGGAUCAAAUCCACUUUCGUUGGUCUCCGCUGAAAUCAUGAUCUACCCUUAAACUGAUCCUAAAACUUGACCUACUUGUAACCUCUUUGCCCCAAAGUUGUAACAGAUCUGUAAUAAAACCAAGUCAUAGGGAA